AUGAUGGUGAACAUGUACAUUAAAUUCCGGUAUAUUUUGCUCAUGUUUAGCACCAAAGCACGGAAAUUCAAUGAAAAUAGAGAAACAAAUUGGAAAAGGUUCACUCGGUAUCAUUCAAGAUUUAAGAACAUGGGUAAAUGGGCAUUUUCAAGAAGCGAGAUAAAAUCCUCUAACAAAUCACACGCCAUUCAAUGUGUAUUCUCAACUACCAAUCACAAGAGUCGACAAGUGGCCGAAGAAUGGGAGGAAAAAUGUGGGUUACAUUGGAAGGGAAAUGGGAGGGAAGAGGAUGGAUCGGUUUUUAGUUAA